UAUCUCAUUCUAACUUAUUGCACUAGUUCUGCAGUGCAGCAGAAAAGAACAAACCAAUAGUCUCACUCGACUUAUUGCACUAGUGCAACGGUGCAGAGGAAAAGAAUAGACCUUAGGAAGAGUGAAAGAAAGAGAGAAAGAGAGAGAGAGAGAGAAAGAGAGAGAGAGUAAGAGAAAGUGAGAGCGAGAGAGAGAGCGAAAGAGAAAGGGAGACAUUCUAUUCGUAUAGCUCAGAGUGCUCUUUAACCUAGCUUAAUGAUAGCUAGCUUAAUGAUAGGUUCGUGAAACGCCAGUUAUACAUCGUCUGAUGGACAACAAAUGGAUACGGAGAUAAAGUUUUGUAAGUCUCUACCGCCGUUGGUUGAAGGCAAAGUUCAUGGAAGUUUGAAGUUUCUCAUUGACGAAGUAUUUUGGAUCAAAAGAAGUCCUGGAGCUGUCACAGUGGUAGCUUCUUGGUGGGGCGAGCAUAAUAGUGCACAAUUCAGACCAAUAGAUAACACUACAAAUGUAACAAGGGCAAAUAAGGAUACAACCAAGAUAUAUGCUAUAAAAACUAAUGCGGCACUUUUUAAGGAUUAUAUUAAGAAUUGUGAAACAGUAGAGUUGGUGGUUAUCAUAGAAGAAACCCAUAAAGUUAUUGGAACAGCACAUAUAGGAGAAUUAUUUAAGAUAUUUAUAUAUAAAUCAUAUUCUCAGUAUAUUCCAAUAUUAAGUGACAGUGGCGAUAAAGUAGGGAAGAUACAUGUUUCUUUACAAUUAUUAUAUUUAGCAAAGCUUCCAAAUAUGCAAUUAAAAACGUAUGAACCUAAUAAAAAUGAAAUAAAUAGCAAUUAUUUAUUAUCUACUGUUGAUAAUUUACAAUAUAACAGAGAAAUAUCAUUACCAUCUUAUAAGAAUAUAAACGUUAAAAAAAAUCUUGUGAAACCUGUGAAGGUCAAUACAUUUGAUACAUAUAAAUCUAUACUUAAGAGAUCAGAAUUUCAUGAUUCUAAGAAGAAACUCAAUGAAAUGGUAACAGAUAAGUUAGUCACCCAGAUUGUUGCAAGAGCACAGCGACUUAGAGGAGCAAUAUUAAAAGAGACAUAUAAUGAGGAUCCUUUAACUUUGAGUGAUAGUUCAGUGAACAAUGAAUCAUAUUCAUAUACUCCAGCAGAAAAUGAAGCAAAACUUUAUGAAUAUAUCUUGGGGAAUAAAAUGACUUCUAUAGAGGAAAAAAGGGCUUUAGAUACAUUGAGAUCAACAUCUCCAACUCCAAGCUUGAUAGAUUUAGCAUCUAAAACAAUCAUAGCUUGUAAAUAUGAUGAUAUGGAUACUAGAACAAACAAAGGUCCUAUAAAAUCAAGCAUUUCUAUAGAAGAUGCAUUAGAUAAGGAUACAAUUUAUAUUGAGUCAAAAGGAAUACAUCCUCUAAAUCAUGUAGAUAGUAUAAGGAUUUUUAUUAAAUCCUUUAUAUUAAGUUCUGCAGGUUACAGACGUGCAAAAUCUACAUGUUUGCAAUAUGAUAUACCGUUAUCGCUAACAUAUUUUGUCCAAUAUGAGACAACAUUUGGAUCUACAGGACAAACGAAUAUAAAAUCUAAUAAAGAAGUUAAAUUCACGAAGGCAUAUGCUAAGAAACAAGUGGGUCAAGUGAUUCAUUUCAACUAUGAAGGUGUCUAUGGUAUAUCAAGAUAUAUUAUACAGAGAAAUUUUCCUCUAAAGUUUAAGAUAUUUGUCCAACAUUGUAAUAAAAAAUCAUCAACUGAGUUAGGAUGUGGUUCCGUGAAUAUUAAUGACAUUGCGCAUACCACAAACUUAAGUAAUAAUCAGCGUAUAACUAUUACUAACAAAGGCCUUAAAAUAGGCGAAUUAGAAGUGAUAGUAGAAUUGGGUUGUGAUCGUAUCCAUUUUGGGAAAGAAUUUAUUGAUGCUGUAAUAUCGGCGAAAGAGAAUAUCCCUGUGCUGGAAAUAAAGCAUUUAGGGAACACGAACAAUAAUAAAUAUAGAAGUGUAAUAGGAACACAUUCUUCCAAGUCUAGUAGUAAAGUCUCGCCUGUCUCUGCUAAAGGAAUUGAGUGUUUGACUAGUAAUAACAAGGAUCUGGUCACUACAAAAGAUAUAGCAGAGCACAAAGAACGAAAUUUAGAUAACAAGAAAGUUGGCACAAACAAUCCAGAAACUAUCACUAAAGAUAAGAUUUUACUUCACGGUUUAAUAUAUGUUGCUGAGGGUAAAGAUCUACCGGAAUCCAAUACCUAUUUAAUAUGUCGAGCAUUUUGGCGAGAAGAUAAAGCGACGAGUCAAAUCUGCAAUAAUACAAAAAACCCAUUCUAUCAUUUUUGUCAACUAGUACCUUUAAUUCACGGUACAGAAUUAUUGGAAAGAAUCAGAGACAAUUAUAUAAUUAUAGAAAUAUAUGGUCGACAAAAUAAUGGCGAAACAGAUAAUCUGCUGGGAAUAGCGAAAUUGCCUGUACAUCAAUUAUAUAUUGCAUACAGAGACCCACUUGUUUUACCCCACUUGUUACUGUCGAAAUAUCCUGUAAUAAGUGUGGAUGGUUGGGUUAAUAUUAACGACUUAAUAAGUGGAAAAUCUUGUGGUAAACUGCUUGCGUUGGUUGCGCUGGGUACUGCAGAACAAAUUGCGUUAUUAGAGAUGUCAAGAGGUCUAAAAGAUGCUAGUGUUAUUACGCAACAAACAUCUAGCAGACGUCAAUGCCGAAUUUCUGAUGAGACAAACUAUGCAACAAGCAGCCGAGAGAAUUCACGGUGUAAUAUUGAAGUGUCGAACAGUCUAAAGCAAUCCACUCGCGAUAAUAAUUAUACUUAUCAUAUUUAUAGUACGCCCGAUCGAAAUUUAACUAUUAGCAAUUGUAAGGAUCAAAAAAUACAAACGGAUAUUUCAGUUCUUAAGAACGGGAAGGUAUUAAAACCUCCGUUUCAAGAAGAUAUGGUCUCAUGUGGAUCAAUCGAUAGUUUGGCAAAUGUAUGUGCAUUAUGUACUAACAGAACAAGUAUAGAUAAAUCGGCUCAAACAGAAAUAAAUCAAAUAGAGGAACAAGAGGGAGACGAAGAAAAAAUAGAUAAAGAAGAGUUAUGCUUAAAUAGAUUAACUAAUAAUAUUCUCUCUGAUAAUAAUGAUAGUUGCAGCCCGGGAAAUAAUUUUCAAUUACCUACCGAAAUGUAUAGGAGUGUUGGUGUUGGUGCAGAGUACAGUGAAGAGUCAGACCAACAGGAUAUUGAUGUUCAUAAUGAUCAUUCGAGUUCAUCCGUAAUUGAGAGAAAUACAGAAAAUGAUGAAUCAAAUACUAAUAACGAUAAUCCUUUCUUUCGAGCUGUCGUAGAAAUUGAAUGCGCUUUACACUUGCCAAAAAUUGAAAGACUAAAUGAAUCUAUGGAGCCAAGUACAUAUGUUACUUUUCAAAAUUUAACUCCCAAAUCUGAUCCUAAUAGCCAAUGGAAUUCAUACAUGAUCACAAAUAUUUAUGCACAUAAUUGCAAUCCAAAAUGGAAUUGGAGAUGUGAUGCAAAGUUAUCAACAGAAUUACUUUUAAGUAAUGAAAAGAGAUUGAUUUUUAAAGUUUGGCAUUUGAUUGAUUCAAAUGCAACAGUAAUAAAUUUAGAAAAAGAUACAGUGAUUGGCUUCGCUGCUGUCGAUCUUUCGGUUCUAAUGGCAGGAUUUCCUACAGUAUCUGGAUGGUUCCAUAUUAUAAAUUUUAGUGGAAAAUGCAAUGGACAAAUUAAAAUAAAUAUAACACCUUUGGACAGUUUAUCAUCGUAUGGGAAAUUUUCAUCAAUUAGCUCUAUCAAUUUAUCUGGACAUAUUAACCAGAAUUUACCACAUGCAAACUGGUCAAAUCCACUCAAUAUAUCUUAUGGCAAUACAAAAGUAAAUAAUGGACAGCAAACAUCAUAUAUAAACUAUAACCAAACUAAAUAUGUACAAGAUAAUAAUAAGCAGGAUGAACCUACUUAUGCAGCAAAUAUUGGUCAUAGUUUAGAAAAUGUUUCAAUGUCUAUUUUGUCAUUGUCUUUGAAGCAGAAGUUGGAUGAACUAAACGAAAUCACGAAAUGUUUACAGUCACGUUUACAUGAUAUUACAAAUACUGCUUUCGAAGAUGAGUUUGAUAGUGAUUUUGAGAUCAAUGAAUCAAGUAGUGAAAAUGAGUAUAUUGACAAUAGAAAUGUCGAAACUUUUGGAUCUGUGAUGAUUGCUACACAUUCUCCUGAAACGUCACGAACUUAUAAGGAAUGCAAACUACAGAAUGAUCAAACCGGCGUGAUUAGCAAAAAACAAAUCUCUUCUUUCAUAGAAAACAAUGAUAAUCUGCAUCUUGAGUCUAUAUCCAAUCAAAGCACAAUUAUAAAUCUUGAAGCAACUAAUACUGGAUAUUCUUCAAGUUCCAAUACGCAUUCCAAUCAAUAUCCAAAGCAUUAUCAGUAUCAAAAUCCAUGUGAUUUGACAUAUAAUUAUCCAUUAGAUAACAAUCCAGCGGAAUAUCCAGCACGAGGUACUAAAAUGCAUAUAAACCAUUUGUUGAAUAAACUUUCGUUAGACUUUCCACCUAAGCCACCCGUAGAAGUGGAUAUGCCAAUAAAGAGAGACAUCAUAAAUCUAUUCACGAAAUUACGAGAGCAUCGGAAUAAUUUACAAGAUAAGAAAAAGAACAGUCGUAGUAUUAACAUUUGUUCAGUACCUACUCAGACUGAUAAUACGAGUGCGCAACAUGCUUAUUCUGACGUACCAAAUCGAACAAUUUUUAAUAUGAGCAAUGUAUGUGUCGACAAAAGCAUUUCUAGACCAAUCGAAGAAUCGCAAUCUUGUAAUAAAAUAUCGACGGUAAUACGGGAAGAAUUGGUUGCGGAAGAAAAUGAUGAUGUAGAGUGGGAUGAAUUAACAACAUAUUUAAUAAGUACCAAUAUACGUUAUAGAAACUUAGACGGUAUGGUUAACCCACUUCUUUAUCAACACUUAAUACCAGAUUUGCAAACUAUGUCCGCUAUAUCACCGGAAGAAGAAGCUAUGGAGCAACUUGAUAAUCGAUAUGCAAGAAGUUUCAGCACAGCAAUGGGCCACGGUACAAACUAUUCAACGGAGGGCAAUGCUGUACUUUCACUUGAUACGCAAACAAAAAGUCGAACAAAUUUAUUGGAACCAGAAGAGAAUACAGAACUUCUCCGUACAACACCAUCAGGAGUAUCAAGAAAUGUCAGUGGUAACAUCGAUGUGACUAUUAUACAUAAAUCUAAUGACAAUGAUUUAACAUCGAGUAAUAGUACAGAAUCGAUGAUCACUACUUCAUAUGAUAAAUUAUCGAUACAACAAGUUGAUGUAGAAACCAAGAAUUAUUGUUUAGCUAUAUCCAAAUCGUCUGUUCCUGAAAUAUCGAGACAAGCGCCUGAUGGUGGUAAUCCUGUAGAAGAAAUUAAAGCAGUAGUAAUGAAACAACAAAAUGAAGAUGUUGUUAGCAACCAAUUACAACUUUCAGAUACUUGAACACUCAUAAGUUAGAAUAUAUAAAUAUAUAAUACAUAUUUUUUUUUAGAUACAUUUUUCAUAAUAUAAUAAUUAUAUGUUCUUCAUGUAAUACAUAAUUACGCUAUAAAGAAUUUAUAUAAAUUAAUAUUUAGGUUCCUGAUUCUUCACUGUAAUAAUAUUAAAUUAUACAUCGAAAACUUAAAAUUUUGUGAGUGUAUGUGCGUGUGUGUGUGUGUGCGUGUGUGCGUGCGCGCGCGCAUGUGCGUAUGUGUCUAAAGGAGGUCUUAGGGGGAAUCUUGAUGUUAAGAAUAUCUUAAAUAGUUUUUUACAGGAUCAUUUUAACGUUUCGAGUUGCAGUUCGUGUUAAUAUUUCCUUCUCUUUUGCUUUAAAGGAAUAUAUAACCCAACUAAUUAAAGAGAUAUGUGUAAAUUGGUUUUAAUAUUUUAGUAUUAAAAGUAUCAUUUAUGAACUGUUUUAACUCGAAACUUUCCUGUUGACUGACAAUGUAUACGUAAUUAUAUCUAAUAUAAAACACUGACAUUGUAUUAUUAUGGGAAAUACUUAAACAGUUAUAUUAUUUGAAAUAUAUACUACAUAUACAAUAU